UGCAGCGUGUGUGGUGACCAGCCGAGCCGCACACUUCACACAUCCUAACAAGAGUAAUUACAUAGGCAAGCGGAGAGUUAGACAGAGACUCAAAGAAGACUCCAAACAGGGGAAGAAAGAGGGGCUCUGGAGAGACUUGCAGAAGAGACAUAACUCACUUAUAAACAGAAAGAGUGGGACUUUGCCAUACUUAAGUUCAAUUAAGGAUACAUCUUAAUUUAUAUAGCAAUCUACUUGCUAGAAAAAAAAACUUUAAAAAGCGUAGGCUCUUUGCAAAAAAAGAAAAUAAGGUUAUUCGUUCAAUGGUGUCAAAGAUGUCAUGUUUCAUAUCACUAUGUCUGUCCAUUUGGGUAGUACUCAUGAUGCCUGGCAGGACAAGUGCACUGAAUGACAACAUCGAGGUGAUGGUCGUGUUGCCUCGCAACAACACAUACUUGUUCUCUUACCAGAGAGUUUCUCCGGCUAUUGAGUACGCGAGAAAAACCCUCGAGAGAUCAGAACUGUUUGCAGGCUUGAAAUUCAAUGUGCGCUAUGAGAACUCCGGGUGCGGGGUGGACGCUCUCUACGCGCUCGUGGACAAGCAGAGAGAAGAGCGUCCCGACCUGGUCCUCGGUCCGGUGUGCGACUACGCGGCCGCGCCGGUGACGAGAGUUGCAGCCCACUGGAACAUCCCGGUGAUCUCAGCAGGUGCACUGGCCACCGGCUUCAGGGAGAAAAACAGCGAGUACUCGCAUCUCACACGAAUCGCACCAAAUUACCUGAAAAUGGCUGAGACGUUUCAGGCGAUAUCCAACAAGUUCACUUGGAGAUCGGUAUAUUUGAUUUACGAAGAUGAUAAAGACGAGAGAAACUGUUACUUUACGAUGGAGGGUGUUUUUACAGUGCUUUCAGAGUACCACAUCGUCACAGAUCUCGCUGUGUUGAACUCGCACGAGGAGAGAGUAGACACCGACGGAAUCAUCACGUCCAUCUACGGGAGCGAAGUGGUGAUUAUGUGUGCCAAGGCGGACAAAAUACGAGAACUCAUGCUGGCAUUUCAUCGACGAAAAUUAACCAGCGACAGCCACAUCUUCUUCAACAUCGAGCUCUUCAACUCCUCUUCCUAUGGGGAUGGAUCCUGGAGGAGAGGAGACAAAUUUGACAAUGAGGCCAAGGCUGCCUAUAGCUUUCUCAACACUGUAACAUUGCUUAGGUCCACUAAGCCAGAGUUUGAAGACUUCUCCAUGGAAAUGAAAAAGUCACUACAGCAGUCGGGCAUCCCUGUUUGUGAAGACUGCAGUGCUGUCAAUAUGUUUAUGGAGGGGUUCCAUGAUGCUUUGCUUCUGUAUGCAAUUGCCUUGCGUGAGGUGAUGAGUAACGGUCUGACGAAAAAGGAUGGACUGGAAAUCACACACAGCAUGUGGAACAGAACAUUUGAAGGCAUUGCUGGCCAGGUGUCUCUAGAUGCCAAUGGUGACCGAAAUGGGGAUUUCUCUGUCGUUAGGAUGACAGACCCAGAGGCAGGAACGCACGAGACUAUCAUGAACUUUGGGACCAAUGGAACUUUCAUAACCAUGCCAGGCUUUAAGAAGGAAUGGUUCUCCUUGCGAACAGCACCAGGGCCUCCACCCCCAAAACACAUUGAACCAUCAUCAGGUGGACUAGGUGUAUCGGCAGUGACUGGGCUAAUAGUAGGGGGAAUUCUGGGAACAGCUCUCCUCAUGGCAUUCUACUUCUUUAGGAAGAAUUACAGGAUAACCAUUGAACGGAGAACACCUCGAGAAGAGUGUGACAUUGGAAAACACCGUCAGUUGCGGGAAGACUCCAUCAGAUCUAACUUCUCUGCAGCGUAGUCUGCAGUCGUAAGUCGACUGCUGGGGUGUUCGAAUUCGGGGAAGGUGCAUCUCAAAUGGGUCUGUUGGUUCAUCAAACACCAUCCCAGGAACCCAGAAAUAUUUAUAGACAUGCUGUAGUGUUUUUUCCUUGUAAAUUUUUCUUGCUCUUCAAUUCGUAAACUCAGGAAAGUUGAAUUUUUGGAGGAGAAGUGCUCGCAAGGCUUCUUGACUCUCUGUAAAGAAAAAGGGUCUUUUUUUUUAUUAAGCUACAGACCUUUUUUCCCUGAAAAACCUUUGUCCCUUUUUUCCCUGUAGAAGCCUGUCAGUUUUGUAGAAAAGAGUGGGCUGACUUGAGUCCUGUCAGCUGCUGGGUCGGUGGGGCGAAGCGGUUAUGAGAUAUUGAGGACUGUUAGUGUGAAACUCAGAACUUAAGCUUACUUAAAACCUAACACUCUCCCCAGUGAUCUCGGCAUCAUUUUACCUUCCUCUUCUUCGAUUAGAGAAUGUCCAGUAGAACACACUGAUAAACAUCCAUUAUUUCUUCUUUGUAGACUUGGUUAGGAGGCACUGAUGAAUAAAAAACUGAUGUGAACUUUAAAAUGAUGUUCCUCUCUGUCAACACGUAUCUCAGCAAGCUUUGAUAUAUCAAAUUUGGCUGCAUGCUGAAACUGAAACACUGAACUGUUUUUAUUUAUGAUUAUAAAUUCUGAUUUUCUACAAUAGGUUUUAGUCCCACUAAUUAUAAUAAUUGAAUAUAAUUUCAACUCUCUGUCAUAUCUUGAUUUACACUGCCAUGUACAGUAUCAUACAUGCUGCUGGGUGCCUCAUAACCAAAUGUUGUCUGAUUCAAUUGAUAAAACCGACUGUUGUAAAACUAAACUAUGUCCAUUCAUGUCAAGAUGUUUAAAAUAGGAAUAAUUUCUGCUUUUGAAACUUGUCAUGCUUUAAUAGCAGCAAAAAAGUCUACUAUAUGUCAGUCGUUUUGUACAGCCCCCUUUUUAUUGUUAAACAUCACACUUUUUGAAUGCUAGAAAGAGUUUCAAAGAAGAGAUGAUUCUGCUCAAAUCAUGCCUGAUUUUUCAUCGUCCUGCACUUUGUUCCAUCUGUUAAGGUGAACUGCAGAGGCAAGCAAUUUGUUUGGUUUAAAAAGAUAAAAAGGAGGUUGUGAGAAAGAUAUGUAAUAGAUAUAUAGAUAUGUCACAACAUGAUUUCAUACACAACAGAAGCCGGUCUACCUAUCAAAGAAAGAUUUUGAAAAGCUAUGUUCAGUUUUUAUUGCACAUGUACAUUUUUUAACUUUAUGUCUUUAGAUUGUCUUCAUCAGGAGGUGGUUAUCAAUAAUCUAUCAGUUUAAUAGCAUAUUAUAAAUUAUAUUUUUAACUUUUGUGAUUAUUCAGUAAUGAGGAUGAGAUGUAAAUGUGAAAUGUCACAUUUAAAACCACCUCUAUGGUGUGCGCGUCAAAAAAAAUAUAGGGUUUUAUUCAGGCUUGGUAUGAUGGCAAUUGUAUACUGAUGUAAGUAAAUCUAUCAACAUAAGAUGUGAUGUUAUUUAUUGAUAUUUUUGUAGAGGUUUCAUUUUUCUUAGUGUUGAUUUUAACAUUGUGUCUUGUGUGAAAUAUACAGAAUCAUUUUUGUAAACAGUAUAUCUGCCUUGUCAGAGCAAAUUUAUCUGAUAAGUAUAUUUACAAGGCUUUGCAAACACUCAGAAGAAUUGUAACUUAUUUAGAUUGAUACAUAUUGACCAAUUAAAAAGAACAUUUAUGAAAUGAAA